AUGAGACUGGCGGCAGCUACUUGGGCGGUGGUGGUGGUGGUGGUGGUGGCCGGGAUAGUGGAGAGGUCGGGAGCCGCAAACUCUACUUCCACCUAUUUUGUCAAGGGUUACUCGGGGCGUUAUAUGGACGGCCCCGUGGUUGCGAGUUUGAAGGGUGUGUCGCUAGUGCAGUGUGCCGCCGUCUGUGGGCCUCGCCGGGUGUUCAACGCACGAGGCUCCUAUCCCACCUACACCUGCUACUGCAUCUCCUCCUUCAACCAUCUCUACGUCGACCCGCUCUACUCCGUCUACUACGACAAGGCCUCACACACACGUCACCACGCCCCUCCAGACAUGUACCAGGACUACGGCUUCUACCUUGCUAUGGGCCGCCGGCUGUACGUGCCGUCCCCAAACUGGUACAAAACGACGUGGAGUAGCGCGUACUGGACCUGCUGGAACAUGUGGGCGCAUUUCCUGGUGCCGCAGACGCAGGAGGAGUGGGAGGAGAUGAAGCUGCAGGUGGCCGACGUGAGCGUGAACGGGAUGUGGGUGGGGCUGGAGGAAGGGAAGGAGGGUGCUGGCUUCUACUACUGGGUGGGGGCGGUUGCGACUGACGGUGAGUUAGAGGAGUGGGGAGAGAUGGAGGGAGUAUGA